UCUAAAUUAUCAGAUAGUAAUUAUAUGAAAAGUAGUAUUGAAAUAUCAACAGAAAUAAAUUCUUCUAUUUCCAUUAUUGCUACUCAAGAUCGAUUUAAAUUAGCAUCUUGGGGAUUACCUCCAAAUAUUCUUCAGAAAUAUGAAGCAAGAGGAAUAAAAGAAAUGUUUACAUGGCAACUGGAAUGUUUAUCGAACCAUAAAGUCAUAGAAGAGAAACGUAAUCUUGUAUAUUCUGCUCCAACAUCUGCUGGAAAAACAUUAGUAGCAGAGAUCCUUAUGAUAAAAACAGUUCUAGAAAGAAGAAAAAAAGUAAUUUUUAUUUUGCCAUUUAUAUCUGUCGUUCGAGAAAAAAUGUACUACUUUCAAGACUUAUUGUCUGAUAGUGGUAUUAGAGUUGAUGGAUUUAUGGGAGGUCUAGUUCCUCGUGGAGGAUUUGCAACUACACAAAUUGCAAUUGCAACAAUUGAGAAAGCAAAUUCUUUAAUAAACCGUUUAAUGGAAGAAAAUGAAUUAAUCAAUUUAGGAGCUGUAGUAAUUGAUGAAUUACACCUUGUUGGAGACCCAAAUCGAGGAUACCUUUUGGAAUUACUUCUAACUAAAUUGAAAUAUAUGACUCUUAGAGAUGAAAAUAUUAAUAUACAACUAAUUGGUAUGUCUGCAACACUUCCAAAUUUAACACUUUUAGCAGAGUGGUUAAAUGCAGAACUCUAUAAGACAGACUUUAGACCCAUACCUUUAAAUGAACAAUGCAAGAUCAAUAAAAACAUUUAUGAUAAUAAAUUAUGCCUCAUUAGAACUUUAAUGCCAAUGCCUGAGCUCACUAUGGACAUAGAUGAUAUUUUUCACUUAUGCAUUGAAACAAUAUCAGAUGGUCACAGUGUACUAAUCUUUUGUACAACAAAAAAUUGGUGUGAAAAGUUAGCCGAACAAAUAGCAGCUGCGUUUUACAAAUUAGGUCGAGAAAAUACAUCACUUGGUACAACUUUAAGGCAGCAGUUAGAUGCUACAUUAAUUUCUGAAACGUUGGAACAAUUAAAACGUAGCCCAACAGGUUUGGAUAAUGUUUUAAAACGCACAGUUUCUUUUGGAAUAGCUUUUCAUCAUGCUGGUCUAACUAUGGAUGAACGUGAUAUCAUAGAAGGAUCUUUCAGAUCAGGAUCUUUGAGAGUGCUUGUGGCAACAUCAACUUUAAGUAGUGGAGUAAAUUUGCCAGCUCGAAGAGUAAUUAUUAGAUCUCCAAUGUUCGGUGGUAGAUUAUUGGAUAGUCUUACCUACAAACAAAUGAUAGGUCGAGCGGGCAGGAUGGGGAAAGAUACAGCAGGAGAAAGUAUACUCAUGUGUAAACCAAAUGAACAGAAAGCAGCUGAAUUACUAUUAUCAGCUAAUUUGAAACCAAUUAUGUCAUGUCUUAAAGACUCAACACCUUUAAUUCGAGCUCUUCUUGAAGCAAUAGCUAGUGAAGUUGUACAUACUCCAUUAGAUCUUGAAUUGUACACCAAAUGUACUUUAAUACAUUUAUGCAAUGAAGACAUAACAGAGAAUCCAUCAAAUGAAGCAAUUCAAUUUUUAGUAGACAAUGAGUUUUUACUACUACAAAAGACUGAAGAAGAGCAUAGAUGGGUAGCUACUGCUUUUGGAAAAGCAUGUUUGGCUGCUUCUAUACCGCCUAGGGAUGGUCUGUUUUUACUUGAAGAGUUACAAAAAGCAAGACGCUGUUUCGCCCUAGAUACAGAAUUGCACGUGAUAUAUUUAGUUACACCUCUUAGUUCUGGAAACCAAAUUGGAAGCAUCGAUUGGAUGAUUUACUUGGAAUUAUGGAAAAUGCUUUCAGAAAGUGAACGAAGAGUCGGUCAACUCGUUGGCGUAGAAGAGCGUUUUCUAGCAUCGGCUGUUAGAGGCAUCGUACGACCUGGAAAAUCACUCAAUAUACAUAAAAGAUUCUAUACAGCAUUAGCUUUACAUGAUUUAGUACGCGAGGUUCCUCUUAACGCAGUUUGUAAGAAAUACGGCUGUUGUCGAGGAGUUCUUCAAAGUUUACAACAAUCAGCUGCUACUUUUGCUGGAAUGGUUACACAAUUUUGUAAACAAUUAAGUUGGGACUGUAUGGAAUUAUUGGUCUCUCAAUUUCAAGCACGUUUGCAAUUCGGCGUGUGUAGAGAAUUGCUAGACUUACUACGUCUUUCAAUGUUAAAUGGACUUCGUGCUAGAAGUCUUUACAAACAAGGAAUUAUGACCGUAGCAGAUUUAGCAGUUGCUAAUGAGCUUGAUGUUGAACGUGCACUUUAUAAAGCUCUGCCCUUUGAAAGUGAAAAAGAACAUGACGGAGAGCAUGAAUCAGAAGCAGUGAAACGAAAUAAAAUAAGAACUGUAUUUGUAACUGGAAGAGAUGGUAUGACACCACAUGAAGCUGCAAUUAUGUUAGUACAAGAAGCCAGAUUACUAGUUCAGAACGAACUAGGACUACAUGAUAUGUCAUGGAAACAAAAUGAACAGUCUGUUAUUACAAAUGAACCUCAAAGUAUAACUAACUCACGCAUACAGCAAAGUAUAUUACAAAAUAAAAAACAUUCAAAUUCACAAGCAACAAAUAUUGAAAUUAUUAUACCUAAUGAUUCGAAAAUUGAAAGUGAAGCAAACAAUGAACUUGGAGAAAAAAAUAUACAGAUAUUAAAUCUACCCACUAUCGGAAAUAUUAACUCUAUUAAUCAGCGUGAAGAAUCCUUAGAUAAUAAAUUAAAUAAUGAUGCAAAGUCUAAAAUUAAUUCAAAUAUGACAGACAAUCUUAAACAUAUUGAAUGUAAUCUGCAGUCUGACUUAGUUGAAGAAACCAAAAAUGAUAAUAUAAAACUUACUGAUCAAUUAUUGCAAUCAGAUAUUUCAAACUCAGUAAAUGAUAAACUAUCCUCUGAUUUUUUUGAGGUCAGUAGUCCAAAGAUGGCAUCUGAUUCUCAAAGAAAAAGGGAUAGUGAAUCCGUGAUCAGUAUUAACAAAUCUACAAAAAAUCAAAUUCAAAGUGUUAAACAUACGAUAAAGAUAGAUAUAGACAUAGAAGACAUAGAAAGUUCACAAAAUUCCAGUUAUGUAACAUCAAAAAAAAGAAAAAUCUCGAAUGAAAUGAAUAUAAAUAAUGUUACACGAAUAUCCAGUUUUGAAGAUAAUGAUAAACAAAGGGUUUCAAGAAGUCCUAGUCUAUUUGAUGAUAGUUUAAAUCUUGAUACGCAAAUGUUUAAUGUUCUUGAACAAAACAUAAUUGAUUCUUUACAUAUCUCAGAAUUUGAAGUGACCAGACUGUCUGAAUCUAAACCAGUAACUGAGAAUAAUGUAGAAACAAAGUUACUACCUGCCAAAAACGUUUAUGUUGAAACCCCAAUUAAACGUGAUGCAAAUGUUAAUAACAUAAAUAAAAAUUCAGUUAAUUUGACAGUCUCACAAUCAAAACCAAACAUAAUUUCGUGGAGAGAAGAUUCCUGGAAUGAAUCAAAUAAAUUAACAGAAAAGAUAAACCAGAUCAAUGAAAAGAAUAAAGCGGAUAUAUCAGUCACAUGUAAUAUAAGGAAUAUACAAAAUACAAAUAUACAACAUAUUCAAGAAAGUACUGGUAUAAACUAUGCUAUGCCAGAAAAGAAAAAGAAAUGUAAUGAUAAAUAUCCAGAUACUCCUAAUGGCUUGAACAAGUUAUCUCUGAAACGUAGAUUAAAAGAUAAAUCUGUAGAAAAGUCACCUGUUGCAAAUAUCAUAAUGUACGGUAAAAACCGGACAUUAUCAUUAGACUCAAACAAAUCAGAUUCGGAUGAUAUCGUAAUUCCUUCCCAAAAUAUGCACACACCUACUACAAGUAUUAAGAUAAAAAAUAAAUUGGAUUCUGAGAAAAAGAAAAAAUCAAAUACACAAAAGAUUUCCAAAACUGUGUUGAGCAACGAGUACCCAACUACUGCUUCAAAUACGAUAGAAGUGGAAAAACAUAAGAUUAAACCAACAUUAAAGAAAAUACUUGCUCAUAAUUUAUUAAUUCAUAAAGAUUGUAGUGCAGAUAGUGCAAUUUCAAAUUCAGAUGAGGAUACUCCAAUAAAAUCAGCAAAAAUCUUACAGAAAUCUAAAAUUAACAUAAAGGAAACACAAAAGCCGAUUGAAACAUAUUCAGAAUCUGAAGCUCGAGGUAAUACAAGUGACAAAAUUAAUUGGAACACGUUAAAUAUUAUAAAAGUUGGAAGUGAUAGAGGAACAUUCAAUUUAUUCAAACGUGAAGUAAUGCAAAGGAGAUACAUCGCUUUGGCUGUAAGUUGUGAAUUGUAUAAGAAUGAUGCAUAUACUAUUGGCUCUAAAAUUAUGAGUUCCACCACUACUGAUAGAAAAAAAAGAUCUAAGAAGCUAGAAAAUUAUGUUGACGAAGAUAGAAAAGUAUGUGGUGCUGCUAUUUCUUGGGAAAGUAAUAUUGCAUAUUACAUUUCUUUUGGUAACGACCGAGAUUUAAAAGUUCCAGGCAAGGAACAAAUGAAGCUGCUAAAAGAAAUACUUAAUAAUACACAUUUACAUAUAAAAUGUUAUGCAGCCAAGGAGACAUUUAAAAUCUUAUAUAGAUGUUGUGAUAUUAUUGCGAGUUGCAAAUUUCUAGAUCCAAAAGUGGCAAAUUGGCUGUAUGAUAGUGAAAUUUAUGAAAAAAAUUUCAGUGAAAUGGUAGAAAAUGUAAAAGAAUAUUUUCCAGAAGGAUGUUUCAUAAUGAAACGAGUAGAUACUUGUUCUAUAACAGGGCCUGGAUUAAAUAUAAAAAGCUCCAUACCAGGGGAAUUUCGAGCAUCUGCAGAAACUGUACUUACGUGGCACAUAACAGAUAUUCUUCUAAAUAAACUAGAACGUUUGAGUCCAACGUUGUUGUAUACAUAUAAAGAUAUUGAAAUGAAAACCGUAAUUCUAUUGGCUUGUAUGGAAUUAACUGGUUUAGGUGUAUCUUUAAAGUCAUUACAAGAUCUGUCUUCUGCUAUCCAUCAAGAAAUAAUGUCUUUAGAACAACGAGCAUAUGCAUUAUCAGGAAUGAAAUUUAAUUUUUUAUCGUCUAAGGAAGUUGGCAAGGUGUUAGGAUUAUACAAAGGGAAAAAAAUUAGUGUUAAUAAAGCUGUUCUAGAACAGUCUGAUCAUCCUGUAGCUAAUCUUGUUAUGUCAUGGCGUAAAUUAAGCGCCACUCAAUCUAAAAUUAUUAAUCCAAUUUUGAAUCUGGCUCAAACCAAUUCUCGUAUUCAUGGUAAUUGUAUUACAUACACAUUGACUGGUAGAGUAUCAAUGCAUGAGCCAAAUUUGCAAAAUAUUCCAAGAGACUUUAAUUCUGAAGAUAAUAGCUUUGUCAUAAGUGUUCGUAUGGCAUUUGUACCAGUUGUAGGAAAUGUUAUGCUAUCAGCAGACUACUGUCAGCUUGAAUUAAGAAUAUUAGCCCAUUUUUCUAAAGAUAUGACAUUGUGCGACACAAUGAGGAAGCCAGGAGAUAUUUUUAAGAAUAUUGCGGCGACUUGGAACCAUGUAUCUGAAAACCAAGUUGAUGACAAAAUGCGUCAACAUACAAAACAGUUAUGUUAUGGAAUGAUUUAUGGUAUGGGAGUGAAAACGCUUGCAGAAAAUUUAUCUAUGGAUGAAAUUAAAGCAAAAGAAUUUUUAGAAUCUUUUAAGACUGCAUACCCAGGUAUAUCGAAAUGGUUAACCAGUGUACAAGAGGAAGCACGAGCAAAUAAAUAUGUAACAACUAUCCUAGAAAGGCGAAGAAUGCUUUCUAGUUUAACAAGCUCGGAUUUAGCAGAAAAAGCUCAAGCGGAACGUCAAGCAGUGAACACUAAAAUACAAGGUUCAGCAGCAGAUAUUGCAAAAAAGGCAAUGGUCAAUAUUGAAGAAAGAAUGCGAUUCGAAUUUCCAACUUCAUCAGCAAUUAUGCCUACUGUUAAUUCUACACGCAAAUUAAGAAGUAAUAGCAAAGUUACACUACAAAGAGGUGGCUUCUUGGUGUUACAACUUCAUGAUGAAUUACUAUAUGAGGUGAACAUAAAUGAUUUACGACAAGUUGCAACAAUAGUGAAAGAAUCAAUGGAACAAGUAUGUCAACUUGCAGUGCCAUUACCAGUAAAACUCAAAGUUGGUCCAGCUUGGGGAGAUCUUUCUGAGUACAAUCUCUAAUAUUUUGUAUUCAUAUGUGUGCUUUUUAGCAUAACUAUUCCAGUGAAUCAUGUUUCAGAUAAUUAUUAUUUAUUGUUAUAUUUAAUGAAUUUGUAAUAUUAUGCGUUUUUUGUGUGCAUUCACAAUGAUUAAUUAUCCUCAGUAUAAUAAUUUAAAAUAAUGAAUUGUAUACUUUUUUCAUGUAUAAAUAACAUAUUUAUUUACUAUA